CGUAGCGAGGAAGACGGCAUCUUUGUACCCCCUCCCCCGUCUCUCUCUGCUACCGAUUGUAGUUUUGAACCAAUCAACGAGUAAUAGAAGUAACCGGCUUUUUCUUGAUUGGCUAAUGAAAUUCCUACCAUCCGCUUGUUUAGGGGCAUGGCGACGUUAGGCUAUCUUGUGAUUUUGAAAGACCUAGCUUUGAUAGCAUGCUAUGGUACAAUACACCUCCAUACCAUUAGUUUAUCUCAAGCUACGAGUAAUCUCGUUUCUUCUUUGUUCUGUACAGUUUUUCUGUUAAAAUAGGCCGUACUCAGUGUUAUGUUUUUAGUCUCGUACAACUAAAUUGUUCAAGCGUUUUAUACAUAAAAAUAAGAAUAAACAAUGGAAAACGGAUUCAGUUUCGACCAACCUGAUUACCCAGUAGAAACGGGUUACAGCUUCAUGGGAUCCCAAUUGUUAAUGGAGGCUCCCUUUCCUCAAGGUCGGAGGAACCGCACAAACAAAGUUCAAGUCAGCAAUGUGCCCAGUCAUGUGCAAUGGGAGGAGAUCAAAAGGUUGUUGUCAACAUUUGGUAAUAUUCAUCACUGUGAUCAAGGUCCAGCUAAAUCAGAAAGUGCAUACAGUGUCUUUGUAACAUAUGAAACUCAAGAUCAAGCUCAACAAGCUUUUGCACAGUUAAAUGGAUACGAGGUUGGAGGAUCACCACUCAAGGUUGAUUUUAUCAUGGAUCAGAACAGAGUUAACCGGGGAGGUCGUAAUGGUGGGCGCAUGCCAUACAACAACUCUGCCUAUUCAGGGAAUUCUGCCCCCAUACGUUCCAUAGACUUUCCCUUCAGGAUCCUUGUUCUAAGUGACAUGGUUGGGGCCAUUAUAGGUCGUUCAGGAGGUACCAUACGGCAAAUUACUCAACAGUCUAGGGCAAGAGUUGAUGUUCAUCGAAAAGAGAAUGCUGGUUCCCUUGAAAAGGUGAUAACAAUUUAUGGAAAUCCUGAAAAUUGUUCUACAGCAUGUCAAAAGAUUUUGGAAGUUAUGCAACAGGAAGCUCAAAAUACCAAUAAGGGGGAGAUCCCUCUGAAGAUUCUAGCCCAUAAUAACCUAAUUGGCCGCAUCAUAGGCAAGAAUGGAAAUACAAUUAAAGGCAUAAUGGAAAAAACUGAAGCAAAAGUAACUGUUUCGAGUAGUAUUCAUGAUGUAAACAGCUUCAACAUAGAAAGAAUCAUUACUGUAGUUGGAAAAUUUGAGAACAUUUGCAAGGCGGAGCAGAUGAUCAGUGCCAAACUCCGUCAGAGCUACGAGAACGAUUUGGCAGCAAUGGCUCCUCAGGCUCUGAUGUUCCCUGGUGUUCACCCAAUGGCCAUGAUGUCUACAAUGGGCCCAGGGCCACGAGGAGGACCCCCUAGUCCCCCGUAUCAAAUGUAUGGCAAUUCGCAGUCUUAUGUGCCACCUGUUGUAUAUUCUGGAAGUUCACCCUCCCAACAGUUAGAACCUAAUAAAGAACAGGUGUGUGUUUACAUCCCAAACUCUGCUGUUGGAGCCAUCAUAGGGACAGGAGGCAGUAGCAUACGAGAGAUGAUUAGCUCUUCAGGGGCCUCUAUAAAGGUAGCUCAACCCAACAAAGACGAACCUGUAGAAAAGCAAACUGAACGAAAGGUGACUGUUAUCGGGACACCUGAAUCACAGUGGAAGGCUCAGUUCAUGAUAUUCAAGAAAGUUACAUUUGAAGGAUUUGCUGGAUUCCAAGAUGCAAGACUUAAGGUUGAAAUUCUUGUUCCUUCUUCACAAGUUGGACGUAUCAUAGGGAAGGGUGGACAAACGGUCCGAGAACUACAGAGAAUAACUCAUGCUGUUAUUAAACUUCCUGGAGAAAACCAAAACUCUACGGCUGAAGAAGUCCCCGUCCACAUUAGUGGAGAAUUCUAUAGCUCACAAGCUGCACAACGGCAAAUCCGAGCCUUAGUUAGUCGAAGCCAGUUUAAUAGAGGUCAUCGUGGGCUUAUUCCAAAUCCACCUCAACUACCACCUGGACCAGGCCAGCCUCUAUAGAUGGUGGCUUGGAUAUGGCACUGCUGCCAAAUACCACCUCAGGCAAUACCAAAGAGGAGCAGCAUAUAAGAUUUCUUUUAAAUUUAGUCAUUUGGAAGGUGGUAAUCAAAUCUUGUUGCUUGUAAAAAAAAAAACAACAAAAAACACUUGGAUUUGGUUAAGUGCUUUGUUUGGUUUAUCUAAGUCAAGAUGAACACUCUUGUUGAUCACUAGUGGCCAGUAUUGACUUGUUCAAUAAUAACAGUUAAAUAAUACUGUUGCUCAUCACAUUUUAGAUUGGUCAGAUGCACUAGGUUUCUGCUGGCCCCUUGUGAUAUACAAGAUUCUUAUCGAUACAUUUUGUAGGAUUGGUAUUUGAUGUAUUCCAGGCUCGGAAAUGGACUCGUGAUUUUGAGUAAGUUCCGAGACUGACUUAAGGACUAAAUUAAGAGUGAUAAAUUGUGAUGUUGAAAGGGGAAUAUCCAUUGUUUGAGUUAGUACAAACAUUGAUUGGACCAGUUGUUAAUCUUAUUAUACCAUAACUUUCUUUUUUGUUAUUAUAAUAAUGUUGUAGAAAGUUUAUUUUUGAUACUUGUUGGAGAAACUUUUUUUGUUACGAAGUUUUUAUUACAGGCAUUUUAGCCUGACUUAAUGUGGCCAAAUAUAAUUCCGGUCAGAAUCACCAUCCAACCACUCAAGUUUCUCCAACGAGCCCAGCUUGCAACAUAAUGGGAAAAACUGCUUCUGUUGUCUUCAAUAUCCAAACUGACAGAAGUGUUAUUAUGAAUGACAAAAAAAAAACACAACAUACAUAUAUUGAAAUAAUAUUAAUAAUAAAUGUAUCUGCUUCAUUGAAAAUCAUUAAUUCACAGUGUAUUAAUGAAGCUUGAUUUAUUUUAAUUUUGGUGUUGAUAGCUGUACUACUGCCAAAGGGGGGAGGGAAUACUUAAGUUCAGGUUUAAUAAAUUACAUUUCUGUGGACCGUAUGCAAAAUCCAGUUUGGUUAAUUUUUCUUAAAUUUGCACAUCAUGUUCUCUGCAAUAUUUCCUGUUCUUGGUGAGGGAAAACUAUCAAAAAACCAAACAAAGCUAACUUUUCACUUUUCAAACUCAAAUUUUCAGAUAAAACAAAGCGUAAAUCUGUUAAUGGUAACCUGUUGUACCAACCCAAUGCUGCUGUAACAAUAAUGAAGUAUGACGUUGUAAAUAACCAGACUGUAACUGGUAUUUUUAUUACCAGUUUUUCAUCAAACUUGUUAAAGGUCUUGGUUUACGUAGCACAAGUUAUUAAUUAUUGCCUUUAGUAAACAUGAGACCCUAGUUAGAAAUGAGUGAUAUAAAUAGCAGAAAUGUGGCUAUAUUAAUGAGAAGUAUAUUUCAGUAGUUUUGUCUUUAACUCAUUUUCUGACAUAUAAGACAACAUGAUCAUAAAUAUAUGCCAGCCACGAGACUCGAGCUGUAUGAUAAAACUUCACAUCUUGUCUGUGGAUAUGCUUAAUGUUUUAAAAUAUGUUUAUACACUACCUCAUUCUGGUGUCUACAGAACAUGCUAAUGCCGAGUCAUCAGUGUGCACUAGUAACCAAAAGGUUGCUCUUUUUCAUUUUCAGUUAGGAAAUCUGAAAAACUAGUAACGAAAAAAAAAAAGAGUAACUGCAAAUGUGAAAUAUUUAGUUGAUCUUAGUGGUAGUUGAAUGGCAACUUAUUAAAGGGAGCUUUUCUUGAGUUCCUAAUAUUUGUUCAAUACCACUCUUCAUGAUGUUGAACUAAGUGAAUAAGCAGUUGAGGUAAACAAGUUAAAUAUUCCAGUUCGUACGUAACUUUACAUGUCUCAUCAAAUAACCAAGUAUUUCCUGGUUACAACUUGUUGUUAAAUUAAUGGCAAAAAAAUGUACGUACAUUUAUUCCAAGUACGUUAGAAAUGGAAUUCAUCAUAGUUUGGUAUCUAGUAUUGCUCACAAAAUGCCUUUUUUUCUUAAGUAAAUUUGAUGAGAAAAACCGCUUUUAUUUUGCCUUUUUUUUUCAACUACAAAAAUUGACUCACGUGGAAGUUCACGCCUUCUUUUUUUUUUUUUCUUGGGAAUAUGUGCAUGAAAGUCAUUCAUUGAAGUUAUGAAUGGCUUUUUGUUUUUCUUGCCAACGAUACUUUCUGAUGUUUUUGUUUAUGAUAAUCAAUUAAUAAGUAUUUGUUUAUAAAUGAAAUUGUUUUCUAUCUGCACAUGUUUAGGUUUCAUGGUGUUCAAAUUAUAGUUACCUUAAACGGACUAGACCUGGUCUUUCAUUUAGAUUUGUGAACUGUGUAGCAAUAUUUUUUUUUCCCAUCUUUAUCUUUGCCAGGGAUUUCACUGGAAAUGUGUAUUGGUAUUUUGGAUUUAUUUUUUUUUUCUGUAAGGUGUUAGUUUUUAGAUUUAAAAAAAGUAACAGUUGCAUGCGUUUAAUCUACUAUCUUGUGGUGUAAAUUUAUAGAAACUUUAAUUGUCUGAUUAAACACAAACCCUUGAAGUUUGUUACAUGUUCAUAGCCGAACAGUUAAUUGUACCAUAGAGUCUAAAAGGUAUGGUGUUGGAAUAUACUAAUAUAUAUCUAUAUAUCGUCUUAAGCUUAUCUUCGGCAUUUACUUGUAUUAAAAACUUUACAUAUAUAUAUAUCUUGAUUUAAAAUUGCUUGGAAAGACAUUGUAAUAGUGUGGUCAGCCAUAUUCAGUUCUUUUGUUACAGGAAUGAAAAUAAACGAAAAACUUGUGUUAUUUGUAAGGAUCGACUUUCUUACUAUAUAAAUCAAUUGACCUUUAUAAUGUGUACGUUCUUAUGGUAGUUUUGAUUUAGCCUAAAACGGGUAACAAAUAACAGUAGAUAGGUAGCGAGCCUCGCAUUACCAGGUCAAGGAAUAUUUAAAAAGCUCAAUCUUUUUAGUCGCAAACCUGAUUCCAUCAGAUACAACGCCUCUGAGAGCAAGUGUAUCCGAUCUUCACCUGUUUCUAUGACUACACUAUCUCUGUAUGUUCUGCUUUUUCUACUGAAAGAUUAAAUUAUUUUAGUUAAAAGGAA